GCGGGAGAGGUGGGACUCGCCUGAGCCCGCCCGCCGCUGCCCGCCUCCCCCCUCCCCCCGGGGCUGUGCGGUGCGGCCCCGCGGACCCGGGCGGAGCGCGGCGGGGCAGCCGGCAGCCCAAAGCUCCAGGUUCAAUGUAAUCUCACUGGGCACCAGAAGUGGAACUCAUCUAUUCAAAAUGGUUUAUGGUGAAAUUUUCCACAGACCUGGCAAAGAUGCAGAACUUAUCAAUUUGAAUGUGGGUGGCUUUAAGCAGUCGGUGGAUCAAAGCACCUUGCUCCGAUUUCCCCAUACUAGACUUGGGAAACUUCUCAAAUGCCAUUCAGAAGAGGCUAUCCUAGAACUGUGUGAUGAUUAUAGUGUUGCAGACAAGGAAUAUUACUUUGACAGGAAUCCUUCCUUGUUCCGAUAUGUUCUGAAUUUUUACUAUACAGGCAAACUUCACGUCAUGGAAGAGCUUUGUGUCUUUUCCUUCUGCCAGGAAAUAGAGUACUGGGGGAUAAAUGAGCUGUUUAUUGAUUCCUGCUGCAGCAAUCGGUACCAGGAAAGGAAAGAAGAAGGUCCUGAGAAAGACUGGGAUCAGAAGAGCAAUGACAGAAGUAUAGACUCCUCUAACGAAGAAUCAUCUAUAUUUGAUAAAGAGCUGGAAAAGUUUGACAAUCUGUGUUUUGGUGAAAUAAGGAAGAAGAUCUGGGUCAGAAUGGAAAAUCCGGCAUACUGCUUAUCUGCCAAGUUAAUUGCCGUGUCAUCCCUGAGUGUUGUCCUGGCAUCAAUUGUGGCCAUGUGCAUUCACAGCAUGCCAGAGUUUCAAAGGCUGGACGCCAAUGACAGGGAGAUUGAAGACCCUGUGCUGGAAGCUGUGGAGAUCACGUGCAUCAUCUGGUUCACUGCGGAGCUAGUGAUCAGGCUCAUCACUGCUCCAAGUCAAAAGAAGUUCUGGAAGAAACCACUGAAUAUCAUUGAUUUUGUCUCUAUUAUCCCAUUUUAUGCCACGUUAGCUGUAGACACGAAGGAAGAAGAAAGUGAAGACAUCGAAAACAUGGGGAAAGUUGUUCAGAUCCUGCGGUUAAUGAGGAUAUUUCGCAUCCUGAAACUGGCCAGGCACUCUGUAGGACUGCGGUCUUUAGGUGCCACUUUGAGACAUAGCUAUCAGGAAGUUGGACUUCUGCUUUUGUUUUUGUCUGUUGGGAUUUCUAUUUUUUCAGUGCUUGUUUACUCAGUGGAGAAAGAUGAUGACUCAUCAGAACUGCAAAGCAUCCCUGUUUGCUGGUGGUGGGCAACCAUCAGCAUGACCACUGUUGGUUAUGGGGACACUUACCCAGUCACUCUUGCUGGAAAGCUGCUCGGCACCCUGUGCAUUAUCUGUGGGAUACUAGUGGUAGCACUUCCAAUCACCAUUAUUUUCAAUAAGUUUUCUAAGUACUAUCAAAAGCAAAAAGAUAUUGAUCCAGACCAGUGCAACAAUGAUCGCAAAGAGAAAUGUAAUGACUUACCUUAUUUUAAUAUUAGGGAUAUUUAUGCAAAAAAGAUGCACUCCUUCAUUUCUAGCCUUUCUUCAGUAGGAAUUGUAGUCAGUGACCAAGAUUCAACAGAUGCGUCCAGCAUCCAAGAUAUGGAGGAUGCUUAUAACACAGCAUCUUUAGAGAAUGGUACAGGAAAAUGAGUUGAGCAGUGUUCACUUCAUUUCUCUUCUGAUUCUUGGUAAAUGUGGACUUACAAACUUCAGUGAAUUUAUUAAGAGCAGUUAAUUCUCAGGGUACUUAGCUCUCAGCCAUAUUUGGACAUUCUUUGCUCUGAGGAUGCCAUAAAAGUGUCGUUGUUUAUAUGAGGCUUUAAAAUAUGCCUCAUAUGGUGGUUUAGUCUUUACACAAUUAAUGUUAUGCAUUUUUUGGGGAGGAGAAGUCAGGAAAACAGUUUUACAUGUGAGGUCAGUGUUUGUUUGGUUUUGUGGAAACAGUUUUUGUUCGGUUGGUUGUUUUUCCCCUGCAGCAAUCUGAUAGCUUAUACAGAAUAUGCUUUUAUAAUUUGCUGCUCUUCAGGUAGAGAUAUAUUAAAAAUAUGUAAGAAAUAUCACACAAGUUGGUGAAGUUUUUACCUACAAAUACAUCAGAAGAAAGAAGGAAUUAUGUACAUGUAAAACUGUGCUCACUAACACACUGAUGUGAUUUUGGAGUUGGGAACCCAUUUCCUAUGUUGCAGAAAAUGUAUUGGUACAUGUUGUUUUUACUCCAUGGAAGCAUAAUAUUUAUGAAUUUCUUUCCAAAAGCACAAUGCAUAAUUAGUUUUUUAAAAUAAAUUAUUCCCAUAGUGCCUAUAUUUUUCCCAGUGUCCAGCAUGGUCAAGCUCUAUCAGGUCCUGCAGGGUCUACAUUGCAAGUCUCAGAAUUAAGCGUCUGGUGUGGGGAGGGCAGGAGCUUAAUGUCACCUCUUCUGCCAUUGCAAACCUGAGUGAUUCUGAUGCCAGGAGAGGACCCUCUUCUGAUUAAGACCACCCUGGUGGCUUCCCCAGAGGCUUUGUUCUGUGUGCACUGAAUCAAACAUCUGAGGUGGUCUUUAUAAGUUAUUGCUCCCUGCCGUCAGCACUACUCCUUUGCUCAAGGUUGCUGCCUCAGUACAAGCAAAUACAAGCAGUGUCUUGGCUGCACUGGUUCUCAGUCCAGGGCUGUAAUGCCAAGCAGCAGAGAUGUGUGGACAUACUCUCCUCUACCAUACCUAUCAGAGGUGUAGGGUGGGGCACUCGUAUGAAGCUAUUUCAGCUCUUUUUUCUAAAGCUCAUCUGUUGGUGAUGGAAACUUUCUUGGUUUGUACUAUGGGCUGGAACAUGGCUCAUUGCCUGGCAAAAUGCCGCAAGCUCUGUGCGUUCCUCUCCAGGGUUUUCUUAUGCAACCAGCUAAUCCUGCUGUGGUUCAGACUGGAUCUUCUAGGGCUACUUAAAAGGAAAGGCAUCCGCUGAGCCUAGCAUAAAGGAGUAAUGGAGGAUCUCAAGGUUCUUACAGAAAUCCAUAGUGUUUCAUUUUCUUUCAUUUGUCUAGCAACUAAAUAAUAUUGCUGGACAAUGGAGAAUCAAAGAUGCUGUGAUGUUGAUAUUUGCCUUAAAUAGAGGCUUAACUUUUUUUUUUUUUUAUUAUUAUUGGGCUAAAUGCUGAAAACCUUACUGAGUUUCUACUCAAGGCAGAUCAAACUCAGUAGAAGCUGAUAUUAAGACUGAGUAAAACCAGAAGAUGGCAAUCAAUAUUACUGUCUGCAGAGCGAUAAUUUUUCAGGUUUUCUAAUGACUCUCCCCCUCAACUCCUCUCUCUUCAGACCCCAUCUGGAGUACUGCAUCCAGCUCUGGGUCCCUGGUAUAAGAUGGACAUGGAUCUGUUGGACAGAGCCCAGAGGAAGUUGCAAAGAUAAUCCGAGGGCUGGAGCACAUCUCCUAUGAAGACAGGGCGAGAGAAUUGGGCUUGUUUAGUGUAGAGAAGAGAAGGCUCUGAGGAGGCCUUAGAGCAGCUUCCAGUACCUAAAGGGGCCUACAAGAAAUCUUGAGAGGGACUUUUUACAAGGGUGGGUAGGGAUAGAACAAAGAAGGAUGUCUUUAAGCUAAAAAAGGGGAGAUUUUGAUGAGAUAUUGGGAAGCAAUUCUUCACUAUGAGGUGGUGAGGCACUGGCACAGGUUGUUCAAAUAAGCUGUGGCUGCCCUAUCCCUGAAAGAGUUCAGGGUGCACUUUGAUGGGGCUUUGAGCAACCUGAUCUAGUGGAAUGUUUCCCUGCCCAUGGCAGGGGGUUUGGAGUUAGAUG